GGUGGUGGCAGUAGUGGUGGUGUUGUUGUCUGGAAUACCUGCCGACGACACACGCUAACGCAUCCGUCGCCGUCGCGAAUGGUUAUUGGCUGCAGCCGCCGUGUAUCGCACACCGCCGAUGCACGCGCACACCAGUUUGGACCGCGACAGAAACGCAUCGAACUAUAGCGCCUGAACUUUGACUACGCCAUCAUCAUGAAGUGCCGCGCACGAUCGUCUUCCGUCUCGUUGCAGUGGUACCUCGUCUUAUCGACCGCGAUCUUUGCCACUGCCGUCGCCACUUAUGCAGCCGCCACUGAUGCAAUAGCUGCAUCCAUUGGUGAUCCUAUGCGCGACGCACGUUGUUUUGCCAAAUGUUAUCGUCAGAUCGCCGCCGAACAGCCCAAAUGUUAUAGCGGUUGUCUGAACGAACGAUGGAUUAAUAAGCCGGGCGAGUGUCCGGUCGGCGACCUUGACAGCGUCGCCUCGCUGGACCGACCGUGUCUGGAGCAAUGCAGUUCCGACGACUUUUGUCACGCCGAGUACAAGUGCUGCCGGCACAGUUGCGGAAUAACAUGCCAGCCGCCCGUCGGCUUAGCUGACCACCGUCCAGGUUUACCAGAUGUGCCAAAAAUCGUUGCAGUAUCGGACUAUGGUAAGGCGCUGGCGGUCGAGUGGUCUGCGCCGUCCCCGGACACAACCGUAGGUCACGUCACGUAUUUGGUUCAGGAACGGCACCACGUGGGCGUGACGUACGUACCAGAACGUAUGACUAGGUGGGCAAUGGUAACCAGGAGCGACAGGAUACGUGAACAGUUCAGGCAGCUGCACUUGCCGGGACGAUGGUUCCAGUUCCGCGUAGCGGCUAUCAAUGAGAACGGAACCAGCGGUUACUCUCUACCUUCCGAGCCGUUUUUUAUCGACAUCGGAUCGCACGUCGAUCCGCCCGGGCCGCCGCAGGACUUGACGGUGUCAUCGUUGAAAUGGACCAACAAGGAGUACCAGCAGUGUGUGCUGUCGUGGAAGCCGCCCGCCGAAUCCGUUCUGCCCGUGCGAAAGUACAAAGUGUUCAUCAGCGUACGAGACGGACCGCACGUUUACCACAAACGGAAUGUGGUCCCGGCAGAUAUUUUGAGGUUUACAAUCAAAAAGCUGAACUCGAAUUCCGAAUAUUUUCUUCAAGUGCAAGCCAUUAGCGAAUUCGGAAGAAAAAGAUUCGCUGGUCAAAAGGCUUCAACAACCCUGAAAACCAAAGGAAAAAAAUUAUUAAAUCCUAAACAAAUCACAGGACUUAAAAUUGUGGUUAUUGGAAAUCCUGACAAACGCAAUUUAAUUAAUGCUAGAUUAUCUUGGAGACCAGUUACUUUGGCAUUAAAAAAAUUCCACUACACAUUGUCGUGGUCUUCAAAAGAUUGCAAUGACGAGAGUAAACCGUUAAGAGUAAGAACUCCGGUGCCAUACUUUGAUUUAUUUUCAUUAAAACCACAAUGCGAAUAUGUAAUAAUAGUUUCAACUACAUUCAAUGGAUCCAAAUACGUGGGUUCAUUUAAUUUUACACCUACUGUAUUGAAGCUUUAAAAAUUGAAAUACUUAUAUAAAUGUUACUAUAUUUAUACUUUCUAGAAAAAUAAGAAUAUUGAAGUAGCUAUAUUCUUGCAUGUGAAAACUCGUAUAAUUAUAUAUUAUAUAACAUUAAUCAUUAAUAAUGUUUUGAAUCUUUAAGAUUAUAUAAUUAAUACUUUUGGUGAAAUUAUAAUUGAAAAUUUUUAAGACUACCUAUUAUUAUUAUUAUUAUUACAGUAGGCCCCUACUGUUUAAUUUAUUAUUUUAUUUUUAACUACUAUGAUCAAUACAAAGUAUAUACUAUAUAGGUACUAGUAGUAGUACAUUGAACAUUAAUUUGUAUUUAAAUGAACGUUUAGGUUCCUACUACGAAGGUUUAACUAUACUUGCGGGGCUGUAAAUAGCUGAUUUGAUGUAAUACCUACAGUUCUUAAGUACACGUCACUCUUUAUUUAAAAUUUCAAUGUACAAUGUAUGAUUUUGGCAGACACGAUGUUUGUUUUUGUGAUAAUCACAAAAUAUAAUAAUAAUUAUAAUUCAAUCAUAUUUUAUUUUAUUCUACGGGAGACAAUAUUGACAAUUGAAGAUCGUACAUCUAAUUACCAGUUAAAUACACUGUAAAGACAAUAAUCCCAUCAACUUUUGUAUUUUAUUUUGUACUCAGUAAAUUGUUUGUAACUAUGUUCAACUAUGUUUUUUUAUAAGUUAAUUUGUUUAUUUUAUUGUAUUUGUAUUUUUUACCUAGACAUUUACGUGUACCUUGUAUGUAUAAUGUAUAUUAUAUAUAAUUAUUACUAAUAUCGUUGAGUAUUUUUUACUCAAUCGCAAUAUGUAUUUUAAAUUUGAAUACAAAUUAUAAAACCGAUUCACACUCGUUAAAAAAAAUCCUUUGAAAUAUUAUAAUAUUAUUUUUUUUUUAAAUUACUAAAACUAUCAUCAUCACGU